GUGUGGAUUAUCACCAUUAAACUUCAUGACGAAGGCAAAUUUUUCCCGAUUAGCACACCGUUGAUAAUAUUUUUCGGUUAUCGCACCUGUGUUUUCUGGUAUCGGUUAACUUAAGCUGGCAGCAAACGGCGAAAGUUGGCGGUUUAACGUCUUGUCACCUGCAAAAAGCAAACAAGGGUUAUUGCUGUUUUUCCGUAAUUCUGCUGGCGGAAGCGUCGCUGCUCAUUCGUAUGUCUUCCCUUUGUUAGUGCUGAAAGUUGUUCAGUUCUGAAAAAAUGAAGCCAGUGUUCUGGAUUUUAUUCGUUUUCGGCGCCGCUGCUGUUCUUGAUUUUGGCCUGAUGAGAGCGGAAACACCGGAAGAAUGGGAUAGAAUAGGAGAAGAAGAGCUGCGCAAAGCACUGGAAGUGAAACUGAAUACGAAGAAAGCCAAGAAUAUUAUUUUCUUCCUGGGAGAUGGAAUGGGCAUAUCCACGCUGACCGCUGGCCGAAUCUACAAAGGCCAACAGCACGGGCACAAUGGCGAGGAGGGAUCGCUGGUCUUCGAAGAGUUUCCUCACAUGGGUCUGGCUAAAACAUACAAUGACAACUACCAGACACCCGAUUCCGCGGGUACUGCCACUGCAUACUUCUGCGGUCAGAAAGCGGCCAUGGGCGUCAUCGGAGUGGACAGCACUGUGCGUUUGGGUGACUGCAACUCGGCAACGAAAGACCACGCCAUCACGUCCAUCCUGGAGUGGGCGCAGGAUGCCGGCAAGGCCACGGGACUGGUGACGACGACGCGGAUAACGCAUGCCACACCGGCUGCCACUUAUGCACACUCGCCGGAUCGCGACUGGGAAGCGGAUGCGGAUGUUCCGGCGGAGGAUCGCAGGCAGUGCGCCGAUAUCGCCAAGCAGAUGAUCGACAAUAAUCCGGGAAGACGAGCGAAUGUUAUUUUUGGUGGGGGACUGCGAAAAUUUACGCCGAAUAACGAGCUGUCUGCUUCUGGUUCCGGAAAGAAAGGAUACCGCUUGGAUGGCCAGAAUCUCUUCCGGAAAUGGAAGACUCACAAAAUCGCCGACGGGCUUGGUGAUAAAGCUCACUCAAUCACAACCCGGGAUCAGCUGAGUGCUCUGACACCGGAAAAUACCGACUACGUUCUUGGAUUAUUCAGUGAUGACCAUCUAGAAUACGAAUUAAAGAGAAACCGCACCUCUCGAUCUCAACCAUCCCUCACCGAAAUGACCCGCAAAGCCAUUGAGCUGCUGUCCAAACAUGAGCAAGGAUUUUUCUUGGCGGUCGAAGGAGGACGCAUCGAUCAUGCUCAUCAUGACGGAAAAGCGAAAUUAUCUCUGCAUGAGCUGCUCGAGUUUGAUAACGCAAUUUCAAACGCUCUCAAAAUGGUGCCUCUGGAGGAUACGCUCAUUGUCGUUACCGCUGAUCAUUCUCAUACCUUAAAUAUUGUUGGCUAUCCGGAGCGAGGAAAUUCGAUAUUGAAAUUGGCCGGGAAAGAUAAAAGCCGACUGCCGUAUACCACCCUGUCCUAUGCAAAUGGUCCUGGUGCGAUAACUCAAUUACCUCGCAGAGAUCUGACGCAUGUGGAUACCGAGCACGAAGAUUUCCAGCAAGAGGCCUUGAUUUCCCUGAGCUCUGAAUCGCACGGCGGCGAAGAUGUGGCGAUUUAUGCCCGUGGUCCAUUUGCGCAUUUAUUCCAUACUCUACACGAACAGAAUUAUAUUGCGCAUGCCAUGGACUACGCCGGUUGCUACCGGAAGCGAUCGGGUGCGCACUGCAAAGUCACUGACGAUGUCGAAGAAGAGCUGGAGCAAAACAUUGAUUCCAAUUAUCGUCGACAUGGGCGUUAAAAAAUGCGAAGGAAGCAAAUUUCCUUUACACUGAUCACGGUUUUCCGGUUCCUAGGUUUUCUGUCGAAAUGCUCUUUCCCAAAUCAACUUGUGAUAUAGUCUGUACACAGACAUCAGUAGCAAUAUUACUACAACUGGCGGCAAUGCCAGUUAUAGUACGUAAUUUAUGAAACCGGACGGGUGAUUGCUAAUGCUUUUCUAGGGAGUGCUGUACAUAAAAUUGCUUAUGGUUGGCAAA